AUGGAUCAUUCAAGUUCUGCCUCUGCCAGUGGCAGUGAUAGCGCCACUGCUGCUAGUGUAUCUGCUGCCAAUAAAUUACUGGAUAAACCCCUAUGGAAAUAUGUUACCCAAUUGGAUGCUAGAGUGGAAGCAGGAGGGAAUUUGUCUUGGAAGUGUAACUUUUGUAAAAAAGAUUAUAAAAGUUCGUAUACUAGAGUGAGGGCUCACUCGUUAAAAAUACCAAGCAAAGGAAUUGGGAAAUGCUUAAUGGUGCAGAAUAGAGACAUGAUAGAGAUGGAAAAAUUGGAACAGGAAGCUGAACAGAGAAAGCAAUCUAAUGCACCUAGAAAUGUACCUUUACCCCCUUCUAGCUCUUCUACUGGCCCGAAAAAAAGAAAAACUACGGGUGCUCUUGAGAUGGCAUUCAAUGUUGGGGAACGAGAAGAAUUAAAUUAUCUGAUUGCUAAAAUGUUUUAUUCAGCAGGAUUGCCAUUCAAUUUGGCAAAGAACCCUUACUUCCAAGCUUCAUAUACUUAUGCAGCAAAUCAUAAUAUUGGAGGUUAUUUGCCACCGGUAUAUAACGCGUUGCGAACCACUCUGUUGCAAAAAGAGAAAGAAAAUAUUGAUAGGUUGUGUGAACCUAUUCGAGAAGCGUGGACUCAUAAGGGGUUGCUGAAGGAAGUUAUUCAAGACGUAGGAGAGGCGAAUGUGGUUCAAGUAAUCACAGAUAAUGCUUCAAAUUAUAAGGGAGCAGGGCAAUUGAUUGAGCAGGAAUUCCCAAUAAUUACCUGGACACCGUGUCUUGUUCACACAUUGAAUUUGGCUGUGAAAAAUAUUUGUGCUGCAAAGAAUAUGGAGAACAAUCAAAUAGCAUAUGAGGAAUGCAGCUGGAUUUCUGAUAUUAUAGGUGAUGUUGCUACAAUAAAACAUUUCAUUAUGAAUCAUUCUAUGAGAUUGGCAAUCUAUAAUGAGUUUGUGAGUUUGAAGUUGCUUUCUAUUGCUGAUACUCGUUUUGCUUCAAUGAUUGUGACGCUGAAGAGAUACUAUAGUCAGCAAUGGCUUCAGGAAGAUUCUAGUCGAGUUCCUCCACACAUGGAUUUAAUGCUUACUCAAGAGCGAUAA